UGCACGGUCACACUCAACUGGCUCCAUUUUGUUUUCCACAGCGGAACCUUUUUGCUACAUCAAAUUGCAUUUUUAUACGACCAACCGAACGUUUUUGUAAAUUUAAGUGUUUUAAAACGGACUUCGAAUCAUGGGACGCAAGAAGAAGAAGGCCUCCAAACCCUGGUGCUGGUACUGCAACCGCGAAUUCGACGACGAGAAGAUCCUGGUGCAGCACCAGAAGGCCAAGCACUUCAAGUGCCACAUCUGCCACAAGAAGUUGUACACCGGACCGGGCCUCUCCAUCCAUUGCAUGCAGGUGCACAAGGAGACGGUGGACAAGGUGCCCAACUCGCUGCCCAAUCGCUCAAACAUUGAAAUCGAAAUCUUCGGCAUGGACGGCAUUCCCGCCGAGGAUCUCAGGGAUCACGAGCGCCAAAAGAACGGCGGCAAGUCCGACUCUGAUGAUGAUGAGCCGGUGGCCAAGAAGAAAGUGGAAUAUGCCAUGAGCGUGCCGCCGCCAAUGAUGAUGCCCCCGAAUAUGAUGCCGCCGCACAUGCUGGGCCAGUAUGGCAUGGGCAUGAUGCAGCACAUGCCACCGCUGCCUCCGUACCCAGUGCCCAUGAUGCCGCACAUGAUGCCACCGCGUCCUCUGUUCCCGGCCGCCAUGGCCACCACGUCAGCGGCGGCUGCUGCUGCGGCGGUGCACCAUCACCAUGCGGCCGCCAUGGCACAACAGAAGCCAACAUUUCCAGCUUACAGUAAUGCUACCAUAAGUGCUCCGCCCACCACCAACCAUGCUGGUGGCGCAUCCAGUGCAAGUGCACCACCAAGUGGUCCGCCCGAUGGCCAGCAACACCAGCAGCGUCCGCCGGCUCCACCAGCAGCAUCCGGAGGUGCUGCCGCCGCUGUGACCACCAAGAUCAUGCACCCGCAAGAAGAUGUAAGCCUGGAAGAGCUGCGCGCCCGCCAACCGAAAAUACAGGCGCGUCUGGCUGCCGCUUUGGCUGCUCUGGCGAAUCCACAAAGCCGCAAGAGUCCAAGCAGCAAUGGCGGCGGCUCCGCGUCGAUGCCCGCCACUCCGCCGCCUCCGUCGCUGGCCGGGAUAUCGCCCACGGGCAGCAACAGCAGCAGUGGCAUGGCUAACGCGAUUGCCGUCUCCACAGCCAUGUCGAAGGCCCAGGAAACCGCCGCCCUAGUAGCCGUGGCACAGGCACAAGUCCAGGCUCAGGCGCACGCCCACGCCCACGCUGCCCAGGCUCAGGCCCAAGCUCAGGCCCAGGCCCAGGCCGUGGUGCAAGCCCAGGUGCAGGCUGCCCAUGUGGCCCACGCUGUGGCAGCCCAGCAGCAUCAGGCGGCUCAGCAGCAACAACAGGCGGUGGCGCAACAGCAGCAGCAGCAGCAGCAGGCGGCGGUGCAGCAGCAACAGGCGGUUCAGCAGCAGCAGGUCAAGCAACUGGAGGAACUCAAUCGGGCUGUGAUGCUCCAGCGCUUUCAGGCUGCCAGACAGCCAUCAAAUCCUGGCGCUGCGGCAGCGGCUGCGGCCGCCGCAGCUGUCGGCAUGAUGCCGAUACCAGGCCACAUGCAGCUGAUGCAGCCGAUGCUGAGACCGGCCAUGGCCAUCGGUCCCCAUGGAGCGCUUAUCGGCGGGAAUAUGAUUAGAGCAGCCGGUGGCCCCGGAUUUAACGGCAUGCCUGCAGGCUUACUGCCCAUGCAGGCGAUUGGAUUACCCGGAAUGGCGGGCGCUUUGCCACCUGGAGCCAUGGCGAUGCCCGGAAUGGGCGUGAUGCUGCAAGGACAUCCGAACAUGCUGCAGAUGAUGCAGCCGCGCUUCAGAUGAUGUCUGCCCGCAGCGCCGGGUCUGUUGCAGGCGCCAGCAGCCCAGCCGCCAACGCACCUGCAACCGCAUCCUCCGCACGUGCAGCCUUCGCAGCCGUUCUCCAGGACCACGGCCGCUCUACAGGCUCAGCCGCCGCUGUUGAGCCUGCCGCUGCCACUGCUUUUCCACGAGUAAGGCAAGGAUCAAGCAUAUAUUUGCAAAGAGCAAACAGCGCGCACUCAGCAAGCAAGUUGUUUUGAAAACUCCAACCAAAGUCAAGUUCUUUUUCAAUGUAUAACAGUUUUUGAGACACAACACCCUCAACAAACACACACACACACACACACACACACACUUCUCGGCCACACGCUACCCACUAAUCAGCGGUUAUGCCUAGUUAACCAGUCGAUGUCAUAUACCUAUAUAUUUCGUUCACCUUAAGCACUCCAUUCUAGCUUUUGUUCCGAUCCAAAUUCAUUAAUUUUCCUUAUCCGACCUUCUCGAUGUGCGUGCAUAAAUACAUCUCUUAGAUCAAUUAUUCGUGCUAUUUGUAUAACACCAUGUACCACACACUGCUAAACCAAACACACACACACUAACUAUCCAUCUGAAGCUACUUUGCUGUGAUGUAGAUCUCUAUCUUUUAUCUGUAUCUAUAUCUGUAUAAUCAACAAAUUAAUCGUUGACACUUAAUCUAUACAAAUUGUUGUUUUUUAACAUUCUCUUUCUUAUUUUUUUUAGUUUCAUUUAGUGAGCAUAUAUUUUAAACACGCCGACACACACACACUCAGGUUGUUUAAUUAUACCUCCUUCAAAACAAAUGAAAUCCGAAAUGAAAUCUUCAAAAUCACACAAAAACCAAAACCAAAAAACCUGAACGCUCAAAGCUCUGGGUAUGUUGACAAUUGCCAUAAGCAGCAUUUUUGUGUUGUUUUUGUGUUAAUCGUGCGUAAUUUAUACUUUCGAUU